AGCCUACAUGAAAUUAUUUGUCUGAAUGUGAUAGUAACCUAAAUUUUUAGCAUUAAGCUAAUGUUACAUGAUUCGCUAAUUGCUAAUCAAUAAAUAGCUAGUUAACUGUUUUAACGUCAGUUAAUAUUGUGGAGGGGGCUAAAUUGUUAUGGAAAAUAAUAAUGUAACGUUAGGUAAUUACAGUACUCCCACCUUUCCCACCAUUCCUCAUUUGUAUUCAUCUUUUAAGCAGGUGUUUUUUGUUUACAUUGUUAUUGCCUUCUGGUUAGCUAACGUUUACCCUGCAGGUAAUAGUCACUUUUCCACCCCUGUAUAUAUUAUAGUUGUAAGCCUAGUUGUUAAAGUGCACAUCAUUAAUGUUAAUUAAGCAAUAUCACAUGAGAGGGAAUGCUGUUUUUUAAUAUGAGCACUGCUGUGAUUCGGUCAAAGAUAAUCAUAACAUAACAUUCUCAUAUGAUAUUAUACUGUUACUUUGCAUUCUGCUAUUCAGCAUUUCACUGUAAUGAUGACAAUAAAUUGAAUCUAAUCUAAUUUGCAUAUCAGUUAACAUCAUACAUAUAUCUCUUUGGUUUUUCAUUUAUAUUAUAUCAUUUCAUUUUAUUCCUGGAAUCAUAUGUUUUUAUUAUUAGACUUUAAUACUCAGUGGUGUCACAUACUCCUCUCUUCAGAUGCACUGUUGAAGUUUCUAAAUCCCACCCCUGGGCCAUCUACCACAUCUACCGCUGCUGCCUCCACUUCAGCAGCACAACCCACCAGUGAUGCAGCAUCAGCAGCACAACCCACCAGUUUUGCAGCAGCAUCAAGCGGUCUUCCUGCUGCACCAAUAGACCCUGCUGACUGGCCUUCUGCUUUAACUGAAAAGAGGAAUCAACAGGAGAUCAUUUGUCAACUCUCAUCCUAAAACGGAUAGAGGAGCUUAACAUUCCUUUUGAAGACUGCAGAGGACAGUCCUAUGACAAUGGGGCCAACAUGAAGGGAAAAAAUAAAGGUGUUCAGGCAAGGUUGCUUCAGCUAAACUCAAGAGCUUUUUUGGUCCCAUGUGGUGCCCACACUUUAAAUCUGGUAGUAGCUGAUGCUGCAAAAAGCUCACCAGAUGCCCUUGGCUACUUUGGGCAUUUAGCAAAAUUAUUCAAGCUCUUCUCAGCCUCCACCCAUAGGUGGGGUGUUCUCCUGAAACAUGUGAAAACCACCUUGAAAUCAUGGGCUGAGACCAGAUGGGAAAGCAGGAUAAAAAGCAUUGAGGCAGUCAGAUAUCAGGCUCGGCAAGUCAGAGAGGCUCUUCUGGAGGUGAGGGAAACAGCUACAGACCCUGUGGUCAGAGUUGAAGCCCAGUCUUUGGCUGAGGAGAUUGGAUCCUAUCGUUUUUGCAUUUGUACAGCCAUCUGGUAUGACAUUCUCAGCAAGAUCCAGUAUGUGAGUAAACUCAUGCAGUCGCCCUCCAUGCAGCUAGAUGUGGCUGUCGACUUGCUGAAGAAAACCAAAGAUUCCCUCACCAGCUACAGAAACACUGGAUUUUCUGAUGCACAGACAACGGCAAAGGAGAUGUGUGAAGAAAUGAAUGUGGAGGCUGAACUCAAACAAAAGCGAUUGAGAACCACCAAAAGGCACUUCGGUUAUGAGUCUCCAGAUGAGCCCAUACAAGAUGCACUUAAAAAAAUGGAAACCACAUUUUUUAAUGUGGUAGUGGAUACAGCCAUCUCUUCACUUGAUGAGAGAUUUCAGAACCUUGGAGAGGUGAAUGACAAGUUUGGAGUACUCCUCAAUUUCCACAACUUACAAAAAGAAGAGCUGCUACAGCAGUGCCAAACACUGAGUACUACUCUGACCCAUGACAGCCAGCCGGACAUUAAUGGCACAGAACUUGCAAUGGAAAUGCAGAAUUUCCCACCAUUGCCAUCAAAGAACAUGACAAACAUGGAACUCUUGACCUUCCUGCAUGAGAAGAAGCUGGCAGAAAUUUACCCCAACAUGUGGGUUGCUCUGAGAAUCUUUGCCACUCUUCCUGUUACAGUGGCUGCUGCUGAAAGAAGCUUCUCUAAGCUCAAACUCAUUAAAACCUACCUGAGAUCUACUAUGAUGCAAGAACGUCUCAGUGGACUUUCCAUCAUAAGCAUAAAUCAUGUGGUCUCAAAUCAGUUGUCAUAUGAUGAUGUUGUAGAUGACUUUGCUGCAAGAAAGACUAGGAGAGUAAGGCUGUAGCAGGUGAUGUGAGGUUGAUGAGGGGGUGGUGUACAGUAAUUUGUAAGUCAUUCUAGUUAAUGCAGUAUUAAAAAGCACAACUAGAGAACUCUGUAGGAUCCCCUUUUUUGUAAUAUAGUUGUUAAAGUCAUACUGGUUUAUUUAAUAUCUUGUUUUGUGCAGUGCCUUAUUUAUAUUGUAUUUUUAAUUUAUUUUAUCCAACUUGUUGACACGUUUUAUUGUGUUUAUGUAUGUAAAAUUUAUUGUAUUUCAUAUAUUCAUUUUUUAUUUUUUGUAUUCAUUUAUUUAUUCAUAUAUUUUUUUAUCUUGUUAAUUAUUCUGAUUGUGAAUUUGCUUUCUUUAAGUAAAAAAAAAGGUCAAAGACGAAGCUAUUCGGUUUCUUGUGAGUACAUACACUACACAGCCGAUGUAGGGGGGUGCCACCUAAAAUCUUGCCUAGGGCGCCAGAUUGGUUAGGGCUGGGCCUGCAACAGCAGGCUGAACGUGAUGCUAAACUGGAGCAAGAGCACAAGCGCCAGGAGGAUAGAUGGAGGCAAAUCCGGCAUCAGUUUGCCCAGCUUCAACAGCAGGUGCAGCAUGGCAAUCAAGAGCACCAGUUACUUGAAGUACAAGCAUCUACAUCGGCUUCUUCGAGAGCACCUACUCCAGAACCAUCUCCCAGCACACAAGAAUCAAAUAGGCUUGACUUGGAGCCAGUACAUCAACCCAGUGAAGCACAGCUUUCAACACUGGUGAGACAAUCAGGCCGGAAGGGGCCAA